AAACUAGGUAGACUAUUAUAUCCGGUCGUGUGAAAAAAAAAUAUAUAUAUAGGGAGAAUUAGUCGUGUCAGAAUCAAAAUACAAGAAAAUAUCGGUAUAAUCUGGCUUCAUAGGUAAAGGUCAAGGAACGAUGUCUACAAACGAUGAUCAUAUCCUCACCCUCUCCUGUCCGGAUAAGCCCGGCAUUGUCCACGCCGUCACUGGGCUUCUAGCAACUCAUGGCCUCAACAUCCUAGACUUACAGCAAUUCUCGGAUCGGACGUCAAAGAGGUUUUUCAUGAGAGUCCAUUUCGGUCAUGCUGAGUCGACGGCCAAUCUGGAAGAGCCUAUGGCGAAGCUCGCAUCGGAACUGGAGAUGGACCAGUACGACCUAAGGCCGGCGAGCAAGAAACCUCGAGUCUUAAUUAUGGUGUCUAAAAUUGGGCAUUGUCUGAACGACCUACUUUUCAGGACCAAGACAAAUCAGCUCGGAGUUGAAAUCCCCCUGAUCGUGUCCAACCACCCAGACUUUAAGCCCCUAGCAGAGAGCUACGGUAUCGAGUUCCACCAUCUCCCAGUUUCCAAGGACACAAAGCUCGAGCAGGAACGCCAGAUUCUGGAUCUGAUUCGGGAGAAGAAUAUCGACCUUGUGGUGUUAGCCCGUUACAUGCAGGUUCUGAGCCCAGGAUUAUGUGAGGCGAUGAGCGGCAAGAUUAUCAACAUCCACCAUAGUUUCCUGCCGUCCUUUAAGGGAGCGAAACCGUACCAUCAGGCAUUUGACCGCGGCGUCAAGAUUAUCGGCGCUACGGCACAUUUUGUGACGGCGGAUCUUGAUGAGGGCCCUAUUAUCGAGCAGAGGGUUGCGCGCGUGGAUCAUAGUAUGAGCCCAAAGGAGUUAGUGGAAGAGGGAAGCAAUGUUGAGAGUCAAGUCCUAGCUGCAGCUGUUAAAUGGUGGAGUGAAAAGCGAGUAUUCUUAAAUGGACACAAGACCGUUGUCUUCAAUUGAGGAAGAGAGUUGCGUGAAGGGAGAGAAAUGGCCAUCGAAAUUGCAACCCGCAUGGUUCGGAGUUGAUUCCAUAGUUGUCCACUGCAAUGCACAUUGUGGGUUAGACCUUACAUACAUCUCACUACGAUACCUGUAUUGUUGGUUAUUAUUGGUUUAAAAGAUGUUAGCGUGAAAUAAUCGUUAUUAAUAUCUCUGAUUGAAUAAGGGUAUUAUUGUAUGGAAGAUAUUAAUUUUCUUGAAUGUAGGACAAAAAUGAGAGAACGAAGCUGAAUAAUUCGGAACCACAUCGCGCUCACCACUCCCAAGGCUAUGGCGACAUAACAUGUGAUCUAGGGUUAUCACAACCAAUUACAUAUUAUAUAUACCUUCCUGUGUACCUAGGUAUGUUAUAAUCUUUCAUAUAUGUGUACACACGUCCGAUACUGAUUCCUGUUAUCAAAAAACACUGUACACAACAUUAUAGAUA